GCUGUGGGCUAAGCAGAGGGACCCGCGCGCAAGUCUCGCAGUCGGCCGCUCGGGGAUGGAGGUCGCCUGGACGGUCCGCUUCUUGCUGCUGCUGGUGGGCGGCUGCUUCUCGCUGCCGCCCCCACCGGAGCCCAUCUGUCCCGAGCGCUGCGACUGCCAGCACCAGCAGCACCUCCUUUGCACCAACCGCGGGCUGCGCGCGGUGCCCAAGACCAGCGCUCUGCCCAGCCCCCAGGAGGUGCUGACCUACAGCCUCGGGGGCAACUUCAUAGCCAACAUCACCGCCUUCGACUUCCACCGCCUGGCGCAACUGCGGCGCCUCGACCUGCAGUUCAAUCAGAUCCGCUCCCUGCACCCCAAGACCUUCGAAAAACUCUCGCGGCUGGAGGAGCUCUACCUGGGCAACAACUUGCUCGACGGGCUGGCCCCGGGCACGCUGGCCCCUCUGGCCAAGCUGCGCAUCCUCUACGUCAACGGCAACGAGAUCGGCAGGUUAAGCCGGGGCGCUUUCGAGGGCCUGGAGAGCCUGGUCAAACUCAGGUUAGACGGCAACUCCCUCGGCUCCCUGCCCGACUCGGCCUUCGCCCCCCUGGGCAACCUCCUCUACCUGCACUUGGAGGCCAACCGCAUCCGCUUCCUGGGCAAAAACGCCUUCGCUCACCUGGGGAAGCUGCGCUUCCUCAACCUGUCCGGCAACGAGCUGCAGCCCUCGCUGCGCCACCCCGCCACCUUCGGGCCGCUGCGCUCGCUCAGUACCCUCAUCCUGUCGGCCAACAGCCUGCAGCAGCUGGGCGGCCGCGUCUUUCAGCACCUGCCCCGGCUCGGCCUGCUCUCGCUGAGCGCCAACCAGCUGGCUCACCUGGCCCCCGAGGCCUUCGUGGGGCUGGGCGCCCUGCGGGAGCUGCGCCUCGAGGGCAAUCGGCUGCGGGAGCUGCCCGCCGCGCUGUUGGACCCGCUGGGCAGCCUAGAGACCCUGGACCUGAGCCGCAACGAGCUCUCGGCGCUGCACCCGGCCGCCUUCCGCCACCUGGCCCGGCUGCGCGAGCUCAACCUGCGCGACAACGACCUGGGCUCGCUGGCCGGGGACAUCUUCGGCGCCAGCCCGGCCCUCUACCGCCUGGACCUGGACGGCAACGGCUGGGUCUGCGACUGCCGCCUGCGCGGCCUGAAGCGCUGGAUGGGCCACUGGCACUCGCAGGGCCGCCUGCUGACGGUGUUCGUGCAGUGUCGUCACCCCCCGGCGCUGCGCGGCAAGUACCUCGACUACCUGGACGACGCGCAGCUUCAAAACGGCUCCUGCCUGGAGCCCACCGCUUCCUCCCCGCAGCCCUCGGUCCGGCCCGCAGUCUCUCCCGCAGCCGGGGCCGGGGAGGCGCAGGGGACGCCCUCUCCUGGUGGUCUCGGGAAGCCCCCAUCCCAGGCGCAGCAGCAGCAGCAGCAGCAGCAGCAGCAGCAGCAGCAGCAGCAGCAGCAGCAGCAGCAGCAGCAGCAGCAGCAGCAGCAGCAGCGCGGGCGGGCCCUCCCCGGGGUGGCCUCCGACGAGGGGGCGGGGACACCCGGCAGCAACCAGAGCGGUCCGAGGCUUAGCCGGCGGGGGCCAGGCCCGCAGCGUCCAUCCUCCUCUUCGGCAACCACGCUCCAGCUGUCCCCACCCGCGGAUCUGCUGGAGACACCCGAGGGCACGCGCCCUCCUUGGGAAGGGGAGGGCCCCUCCCCCUCCCAGCCUGCCCCGAGCUUUCCCGGGGACGCCCCGUCGAGCUCGGCCCCAUCGCCCGCCAGCGAUCCCUGGCAGAGGGCGGAGAUGCAGCGCCUGGCCGCCAAGCAUCGCGAGCGGGGCGCCCCGUCCGGGCCGCAGGAGAUGCUGCCCCCGCUGGUGUCGGACCCGUGCGACUUCAACAAGUUUUUCCUGUGCAACCUGACGGUGGAGGCGGUGGGCACGGACACGGCCACCGUGCGCUGGGCUGUCCGCGAGCACCGCAGCCCCCGGCCGCCCGACGGCGCGCGCUUCCGCCUGCUCUUCGACCGCUUCGGGCAGCAGCCCAAAUUCCACCGGUUCGUCUACCUGCCCGAGCGGAGCGACGCGGCCACGCUGCGGGAGCUGCGCGGGGACACCCCCUACCUGGUGUGCGUGGAGGCCGUCCUCGGGGGGCGGGUCUGCCCCGUGGCCCCCCGGGACCACUGCGCGGGGCUGGUCACCCUGCCCGAAGCCGGGCACGUCGGGGGCCGAGCCGGAGGCGUGGACUACCAACUGCUGACCCUGGUUCUCCUGGCCGUCAACGCUCUCCUGGUGUUCCUGGCGCUGGCGGCCUGGGCCUCCCGCUGGCUGCGGAGGAAGCUGCGAGGCCGCCGGAAAGGGGGUGCCCCGGUCCACGUGCGCCAGAUGUAUUCCACUCGACGGCCUCUUCGCUCCAUGGGCACCGGGGUCUCGGCAGACUUCUCGGGCUUCCAGUCCCACCGGCCUCGCACGGCCGUGUGCGCCCUGAGCGAGGCCGACCUCAUCGAGUUCCCGUGUGACCGCUUCAUGGAGAGUGGGGGCGGCAGCGGAGGGAGCAGGCGGGACGACCAUCUCAUGCAGCGCUUUGCUGACUGAGGUCCCGGUGCCCGUGGAGGGGGGGUGGGGCCGGGGAACGCUGUGGGCUCCAUGGCACAAACUCGCCUCCGGAUCUCCCCACCGGGGACCUCUUUUUCCUCCGUGGCCCCCCAGCCCCCGGGCUCUGGAUUGCCCAAGCCGGAAAAUCGCUGGCUGCCUCGUGAGGCCGGCGGACAUCUGCUGUGGCCGGGGAUCGGGACCACUCCCUUUGCUAUCGUCCCCAAACCGUCAGCUUUGGUUCUGUGGGAGCAAAAAAAAAAUGGAGGAAUUAGCUUCUCCCAUCAGCUGGAUCUCCGUCCUCGUGGCCGGGGGCCAGGCCGGAGGCCUUGGGCCAAGCCUUUGUGUUUAAUCACUGCCCUCUAGAAAGACACACCUUUGUUUUUGUUUUAAAAACUCCAGAGCCUCAAUGGGAGGUCAAGGCAGCAGCCCCUGGUGGCCCAGGAUUCCCUGCUGGGGCUAGGAAGAGCUGGGGGAACGGCUCCCGACAGCCCUCGGGCUCCCUAUUCCUGUGUGCUGAGGGAGCAUCCGGGGGGCUUUUCGGAUUUCAUCUGCUGAGACAAAUACCCAAGAAUUCUUUGAAACUGUGAAGACUCUGCCAGUCCUGACUCUGAGCACUAAUGAGCAGCCAGGGCUUUUCUAGCCAGCCUGGCUCUUUAAGAGGCAAUAAUGAAGUCACCAAGUAGUUCAACUUUGGGAACGGGACCUAAGGCUGCAUACUUUGCUUGGAGCCAGUUCAAGAGGGAGAUGGAUCCCUUACCUGUGUGGGAGAGCCCGUUCCUGGGCCUUUCCUUCCCCUGCCUGAGGCAAAGGAAAACGCACUGGCUUCUGCAGCUGACUCCCCACUUGGGGAAGCUUCUGAUGGUCUCUUCCAGGUCACUGUGGCUCUGACAACUAGAAUAAACACCAGGGGAAACUGGAUCAAGGAUCCUACAGAAAUCAUCCACUUGUUGAACUUCCCUUAGUCUCUAGCUGAAGAUAAACCUAAUUAAUCUCCUAAUGUAGAAGUGGCUGAAGAGACUAACUCUUCCCUGACUGCAGCCAUGGGUGACCCUUUGUGUGCCUUACUCCGGGUGGAGUGGGAGAAGCUGUGGACACCGAGUGAAUUACCUGUGCCAAUGAGUGUCUUUCUACUAAAAACCAGCAGAAUCUUCCAAGGGUUUAGAACUCACUGUGAAAAAAUUAUUAUUUUUUUAAAAUUAACCCAUACACUAAAUGUUCGGUGUUUGACUCUGCUAUCAAAUAUUGAUAAAGUUAUGUCCUAGCUUGUAGAGAACAC